CUCGGCUCUGCGGCGACAGGUCUGCUGAGGCGGCGCGCGACCUGCGCUGACCUGACGUCUACUGACCCGGCCCGGCCCACGGCACAGGGGCAAUGAGGCACAGCACGCGGCAGCUGCUGCUACUGGCAGCGGUCAUAGCGGCGUCGGCAGCGGUGCCCGAAGCUCAGGGCUUAUGGCACAGGGCUCCGAACAGAGGCACGCACCAGCGGGCGGCCUUCCCGAGUCCCGACUUCAACGACUGGCAGCCCAUCGGGCCGGGCGACCCGCUUAAGAACGACCCGACCUUCCAGUACGCGCCGCCGGUGCUGGCCCGCGAGCCGGCGCACCGCGGCGGCUGGCCCAUCCGCACGCGCAACCCGCCCGUGCGCGUCGUGCAGCUGAACGAGGCGACCCGCCGUCGCGACGGUCCGCUCGGCGCGCCGUUCUUCCAGUUCCGGCGGCGGCCGGCGCCGCAGACGCAGCUGCGCCCGCCGCGGCCCGGCGGCGGGCUCAGCUACAUCUCAGGCCCGCAGUUCGGCGCGCCGGCCGACGAGCGACGCCAGGAGUUCGGUCCUGGCUACGAGGAGGAGGCGGAGCCGACGCGUCUCUUCGCCGGCCAGAGCAACUUCGAGCCGCAGAGGGAGUUUGUGCCGCAGCGGGACACCUUCCAAGAGGGCGGAUUUGACGAGGAGCGCUACGAGGAGCGGCCGAGCUUCCAGGAGCCGCAGGGCUUCCAGGAGCAGGAGCGGUUUGACGAGCAGCCGACGUUCGAGGGCCAGCAGAACUUCCAGGAGCAGCCGAGCUUCACGGAGGAGCAGCGCUUCCAGCCACCGGUCAGGGUGGAGCAACCGCGUCCUCAGGUCUUCUCGCAGCCGCAGCAGCAGCCGCAGCCGAGCUCAGAGCCGCAGGCGCCCACGUUCGGCGCCAAGCGGGAGCCGGAGCCGGCGACGGAGCAGGAGGCACUGCCGGAGGCGUUCGUCCGGUUCCCGCCGCCGCCGGGCGCGGAGCAGACGUUCGUUCGGCCGGUGUCGCUCGUCGAGUCACCGCUUGUGGAGACCACGCCUCCGAAGCGGCUGACGAUUCGUCCGCCGCCGGAGGUCAGCACGACCACCGAGCGUGUGGAGGUGACGACGCGUCGCCGGCCGCCGCCGCCGAGCCGACGCGCGCGGCCGGACGUCUCACGCCGUCCGCCGCCGAGCACUGAGGGGACGCCUGGGCCGUCCACCGCCACCGCGACCACGUCCACUGCCGCGACCACGUCCACCGCCGCGGCCACGUCCACUGCUGCGGCCACCCACCCCUGGUACAACCCGGCGCCGGCGCCGUUCCCUGUGGAGCAGGCGCAGUCGGCCUCCAAGGCCCCCUACGUGCACCAGAGCGGCUACUCCAAGAUAAAAAUGUUCGGCAUCAACGUGGGCGACAAGAGUGGCUUGAAGAAGCCGGGGAAGAAGUUCAAGAAGCCCAUCUACCCGAUCCGCAUCGAGAACACGGUGAAGAGCGAGCCGAAGACGACGACGUCCGCACCGACGACUAGGCCCACCACAGCGGCGACCAAGCCGACGCCGACAACGACCGCGCCGCCGCCCCGCACCGUUCAGCCCAGCACCGCGACCACGCUGUCGCCGCCAUCGACGACGUCCCGUACCGCGGCCAGCGCGCCGGAGAAGAUUUUGACUGCGGAGGCCGGCGUCCAAGAAGGCGGGGUGGACGCGAUGGAGCAGAUCGACUACGAGGCGUCCGGAGAAGGUGGGCUCGAGUACUACGACGAGCUGGCGGCGUCGGCGGACCUGACGUACGGCGGGGCGAUCGACCCGCGCCGACCGUUCGAGCCGGCCGUCGCACCGGCGCCGCUCGAGUUCGACGCCGAGUCGUACGGCGUGCCCGAGUACGAGCCGGCGCCGCCGCCCGUGUCCGGCCCGGCGCCGGCCGCCGCCGCCCGGCCCGUCUUCUUCACCAAGCGCCAGAAGUCCACCGAGGAACGCUCGGACCGCGCCGAGGUGUCACACCCGUUCGAGUACGUGCAGGCGUUGGAGCAGUUCCAGGAGAGGCUGCCGCCGCCCGAGAUGGUCGCGCACCCCACAAGCCAGCCGAAAAUCGUGCCGACGCGCAUGCCGGCGCAGUAG